UCUUCGUCAAGGAGGGAGACAUGCAAACAUUGUCACCUUCGUUGGAAUGUGCUCUGAAGCUUCGGCUCUUGUGUAUGAGUGGUUACCUAAGGGAAACCUUGAAGACCGAAUUGUGUGUGCCGAUGGCACUCCACCUCUAUCAUGGCACAACCGUACACAGAUCAUUGGUGAGGUUUGCUGCGCACUACUCUUCCUUCAUUCACACAAGCCUAAUGCUUCGGUCCACGGUGAUCUCCGGCCUUGCAACAUCCUCAUCGGUGCCAACUACAGAAGCAAGCUCUACAACUUUGGUAUGUCCACCUUAUGUCUCCAGCCUGGCAGCUGUCCACCAAACCUAACAGCAAGGCUUCCAUACAUGGAUCCGGAGUUCCUCACCAUUGGGGACCUCACGCCCCUUUCUGAUGUCUACUCACUGGGUGUUGUUAUCCUUCGCCUUUUGACUGGAAUGCCCCCUUUGGCUAUCGCAAAGAAAGUGAAAGAAGCAUUUCAAAGUGAUAACCUGCACUUGCUGAUAGAUAAAUCAGCCGGGGACUGGCCUUACACACAAGCCAAGCAGUUAGCACUCCUUGGCCUCAGGUGUGUGGAAAUGACGAGGGAAAAGCGGCCUGAUCUGACUGAGGUUUGGACCGUUGUUGAGGCCCUGGUCAGAAAGCCUCCUGCACCCUCAUGCCCUGCCCACUUCAUUUGUCCAAUCCUCCAGGAGAUCAUGAACGAUCCACAAAUGGCAUCUGAUGGAUUCACCUAUGAAGCGGAAGCCAUAAGACGCUGGCUUGAUGGCGGGAGCAAUAGGUCUCCGAUGACGAACUUGGCACUUCCAAAUCGUGCUCUCAUCCCUAAUCGCGCCCUCCGUUCUUCCAUCCAGGAGUACCUUCAGGCAUCAGUAGCCUUGGCAGUCAGGUCCCUGAACCUCAAUCUAUGAUGAUGCUCUGGAUAUGAUUUUCUGCACAGUAUCUUGUAAAUGUCGUGGCCACUUUCUGUAGCGAAUUUGCAUUUUAGGCGGAACAAGGGAAUUUGUUUGGGAAACGGGAGGCAUGAUGUGC